UCUAUUGCCGGCUGAUGUAGCAAAUGGAAUGUUUAACAACAUGAUUACAAACUUGAAUGCGCCCGAGCUCAAUGAUUUUAAUAAUUAUUUACGGAAUGAGUGGAUUGAAAAUGAAAACUUUGUAAGCUUUUAUGAGGAUUUUGCCCCACUUAAUAAUGUCUCUGUAUUGAUUUCAAAUGUAAUCAGCCAUCGCUUCGAGGAGCAUUCAUCUCCAAAAGAGUUUAUUCAACAAAUAAUUUGGUUUUUCUAUGCUGCAAAAGAUGAUUCGACACGUCUUGCAGCUAAUAGAGCAGUGUUCGUUACAAGAUUCCCAUUGUCAACCGGCUAUUGUCUUAAGAGGGACUUGAUGAGAAUCCAGUGGACAAGCCUUAGGAAUAGGAGAAUUGAUGGCACAGUUUUUCUGGAGCGAAUGUUGGCUAUACACGAAUCCCAUUACAAUGACAUGAUGCAUAAUUUCACUGUAAUGAUCGAUGAACAAUUGGUAAUAAAUGGUAAGAAAUGAAGAUAAUUAUUAAU